AUGGCCAGGUCUGUAAAUCGAAUGGUCGAGGAGCCUCCGAAUGAUUGUGGCUGCUUCCAGCAACGCCGACAAGGCCCAGCGGACACCUGGAUGCACGUCGGCCAAGGCAAGGGGUCCUACAACAAGGUCGAAGAGGUUCAGUAUGUGGGCUCCGGCCACGGCAGCUAUGUGCAAGAGCUUGUCACGACCAGCGACGGGAUUCGCUUGCGGCCGGCUUGUGUAGCUUGCUCCAUGCUGCUGUUGUUGAUCACCUUGGUCACGAUCGGUUUCUACUUUGUCGCAGUACAUCGCCAUCCCGGUCCAUUAUCAGACGGCCUUCAUGAUGCAACGCAUCAUAUAGUUUAUGAUUGCUCAAGUGGGGCUGACCACCAUCUGUGGUCACCGGAGCAAAAGGCUUAUUGCUGCUACAAUGCCGGUCGCGGAUGCGGGCACCCGGCGGAACGGUACAAUUGCGACGAUGGAUUCGAUCAAUGGAAAUCUGAAUGGUCACCAGAUCAUCAGCGUUACUGCUGCUAUGCGCACAGAAGAGCUUGCAAGGCCAAGAUUGUUGAGGACGUCAAAUACGUGCCAGUCUACCACACCAGGACGGUGAACAAGUACAUUCGCCAACCGCCACGCUACAUAUACAAGACUCGUUACAAAACAAUCACCAAAAAGAAAUACGUUCCCGUACCAGUACCCACGCCCAGCAAACCAACAGUGAUUGUCAAGCACGUGGUGGACCAUGUGCCUAUUCCUGUCAAUGUCGAGCAUGUUGUGACACAUGUUGCAGCGGCGGAAAAUGCCGUCGGGCACGUGGCGCAUUUUGCACCGGCAUCUCGGCCAUCUCAUCGCACGCAGUCUCCAUUUCCAUAUGAUUGUGAGGCAGGCCACUUCACCAGGCAUGGCUGGUCGCAGUCCAAGAAGCAGUGGUGCUGCUUUCAUUUUCAGAAAGGUUGCCACCUUCUUCAAAGUUGCGAAGCUCCAUGCAUUUUGCCAGGGCAAGCUGGUGGCGAAGGCACCUGCGCCAGUACCACACGCUGGGCCUCCGCAAACAUGUUCGCGGGACGAAGUGAUGCAUGCCAACUGGCGUUUCAUCAGGUUGCAAUGAACUGCCACUUGUGCCAUAGUUGUCAAAUUCACAGCACAGGUUGUGACCUCCAAGAAGGAUUUAAGCUCCCUCAUCCCGUGCACCGGCAUCAAAGGGUCCAUGUGAUCCACCUGCUCCAUGCGCCCAGCACGGGCCGGAUCAGCACAGUAAACGAUGCAAGCCAGGAUCCCCAUGGGACACGGCACCACGAGGUGCCUGAGCAUUUUUCGCAUGCUGUCUCGCAUGCUGCCUUCAGUUGCGACACGACGGACGGGUCGACCUGGUCUGCGGCUGAGGCCCUGUGGUGUUGCAGCCACCGUGGAAUGGGCUGUGCUGACUCCGAAAAGUGA